GGAGUCCCUAAGACUCCUUUAAUCAAAGGUUGAGGGUCCCAGAGGGAACAGUGGGAGUCCUAAGGUUAGCAUUGUUUCAAAUUCCAGGAAAUCUUUGAAACAUUUUCGGGUUUCUUGUAAAAAACAGAAGCAUCACUACAAUCUUUCGCUAGGCUUUUGUACAUUAUGCUUUUGCUUCCCUACUAAAAUGCUCCACCUUAAUGCUCCAUUUUUCCCACUAAAAUGCUCGGUCUCUCCAAAAAAGUCACUAAAAUGCUCGGAUAAUGCUCAUUAUAAAAACGGUUUUUUAAAUUAAUUUCAAAGUUUACGCUUACAAAAACGUUCAAGUGCUGCAAGUAACAACGACAACGUGUACAAGUUCAUAAAUACAGCCAAAAAAACCAGCUUUAUGAGGUUUUUUGUGAAUUUUGAAUUUUAGUCUUCAUUUUGUUUAAAAAAGCAGGAGCUCAUGGGGCAUGGGCUGCUGAAAAAAGUUAAUUUCUAUUUUAUUUUCUCGGAAAAAUUAAUUUUCUGGGCAAAAGGCCACUAAAAUGCUCGAAUAAUGCUCAAUGCUUUUGCCUCACUAAAAUGCUCGAAAAAAUGCUAGCAUAAUGUACAAAAGCCUACCUUUCGCAGCCUAAAGUUCCAUUAUUGGAAUUUAUCAGCAACAUGUUGUUCUUAGUCAUAAGAUACACUUUUUUAUGCUGAACAAUGUGCCUCCUUGUAAUUUCCAGGGUUUGAUUCUCGAUGUUUGUCUUUGCAUUUGAAACUGUCGCUUGAAAGCUUUUUCUAAGCUUGAGGUCACUGAUACUCAAAAUGUGAUCUGUAGAAUUUGGUGCCUUUCCAGGGCCAACUUCUGAAGAUUUUAUAAGCUUACUGUUGGUUGACUUUGCAGAUCUAAACUAAUUAUUAGUAAACUAUCGCUCUAGAACAUGUGCGUCCUAGAGGACCAGUUCUCUUUGGUGUUUUGCGUCCUUUUUUUCUUUUUCGGCUAAACAACGCGUCUCUGACGCGUAUUUGCGCGAUAGUUGCGCGUAUGGGAAAACCCUGUCAUUAUGUAUUAGGGUUAAGCACUGCCUUUUACAGAUUAGGGUUAAGCACUGCCUUUACUGAUUAGGGUUAAGCACUGCCUUUACUGAUUAGGGUUAAGCACUGUUUCAAAACUGAUUAGGUUCUUUUUUUGGGUUGGGGUUGAUGCUCUAUGUGCUUUAAUUAUUUCCUUUCCAUCCAUCAAAUCCGCAGUGGUCUAGUGGUUAGCUUGGUAUACUAGGUUUUCUAGGUCGUGGGUUAAAAUCCUACCGCUCCUCAUGUCAAAAUUUUUUCUUUCAAAUUGAAGAGACUUGCACUUUCAUGAACAUUUCCAGCUUGAAAUAUCAUCUAAGUGUUAUAUAAAAGCAGAAAACAGUCCUACCUUGUGUAAAUUUCAUAAGGGGAGAAAGGGACUAUGGCCGAUGGGAUCUAAUGCUGACCCUGUCCUUUAGAGUGUACUUUUGUUAUUUACCUACCCAUACACACCUUUUGGAACUUUUAUGGGGAAUGAGGAUUUUCAAAGGGGGAGGAUCAAACAGAGAAAGGGGAUAGCAAACACAUUGCCAAAGGGGAGGUGGGCAGGGAAAAAAGUUCUUAUUGCACCAUAAUUCCCAGUCACCUGGCAAAAGACACUAAAAAAGAUCAUUUUGCCUGUAUCUCUAUAGACACUGAUGACAUUCUGAGGUGUUUUAGAAAUACCAGCUUUUUUGCAUGUGUGCUUACUAAAUUUGUGGAAUAAUGAUUGGAGACUGAAAAUUGUGUCUUUGUUCCAACAGCUCCCAUGCAAUGGAAAAUGCUAAUGAGGUAAUUGAGGUCCUUUACACAAAGGAAGAGCUGAUGAUUGAAUCUACAGGCAAAGAACCCAUUACAAUGCCCGUGAAUCCUUUCACCCUUUUAGUUCAGGAUGUGAAAGAUUUCAUUGAACAGAACUUGAAUAUUCCAGUGUCACAGCAGUAUCUUCGUUUCAAUGGGCAAAAUGUGGAGGAGAUCGAUUUAGUUUAUGAUUUGUUCAUAAAGUCAAAAGGGUCACCAAAAAUUAAAGUGGACAAGGACAGAGAGAUUGAGAUCAAUGUUUCUUUAAGUCCAGAUGCAGAACCAAAAAAAGUUACCAUAAAUUGGUUUGCAACAGUGGAUGAGCUCAAGGAAAAGCUGAUGCAGCAAUACGACCUUGACACCAUCAACACAAUUCAGUUGGAUGGUGUUAGUAUAAAUGAAGAAAGAAGGAAAAGGUUGAUUGAUUUUAACCUCAAGCCAACAAAAUCAAAGUUUACAGUACGUUCAGCGACUACCCCUAAGAGCACUCUCAGGGGAUUUUCUACCAAUGAUUUUGGGUAAGAUGAGCUUUUUCACUUCUAGUUUGUGUUGUAAUAACUAGUGUAGGCAAGUGUUAACUUCAGACAUUAAUCUUUACAUAGAAUACAUAAUUGCCUCCCACACAGAAACUUUAUUCAAGAAUUAUAGCACAAUUCUCGUAGGCUGCUGGUAGCGUAGGCUAGGGACGUCUCUAGGAUUUUUAAAAGGGGGGCACACCGUAUCACACCCAAGGUACUAUCUACAUUGUCAAGUUUACAACCCUGCUGUGUUUUACUAAAAGUGAAAUGAGCCGCAGAACAGAAGUGUCUGUAUUUUGAUAAUAAACUUACUAGCAUAUUAUCACAAAUUCUGCAAGCUGAUUGGCCAAUGACUCUCGAGUUAGGGGCCGACCAUUUGACUUUUGACAAAGCAAAUGGGUUAUUUGGUUUGGGUAAGAAUUUUUUUCCUGCCAUACAACGGUGUGAGAUUUUUUUUCAGCAUUAUAAGCCAUGAAAUAUAUUUUUUUCAGUGUAGGUAUUUCUUUCCUUGCAAGACUUUUUUUUCCCUCGAAAUCAAUCUGCAGGAUAUUUUUUUCUGAAAUUACCCAUGCCCCCCUCAAACGUCAAAUGGUAGGCCCAUUAUGGAUAUGACCUAAGAUAUAACCUCAGAAAGCAGAAGUAAAGUGGUCACUUUUGCAGUGUACUUAUAAAGUUUUAUUAUCUAUUUUCUUCCCCCCCAAAGGUCCCGUACAAGAGGAUUUGGCUGUGGGCGUACAAGAGGAUUUGGUUCCGAACCAAGUUCCAGUUUUAAAUCACGAUAUCGCGGGAUUGAUGAUCUUCCAGGUAUUAAACAUUUAUCCAUAACCAAAAGACUGACUGUUGUUUGAACACCAAAAUGAUUUCCUUCCUUGUGGAACGCUUUGAGAUGCAGUGAAGCUCUGUAAACGGACAUUCUCGUAGGCGGACAGCAUUACUUACGGCCGCCUUCACAAAAUCCUGCUUUUCUCAACUCCCAAUCAAACUCUGUAUUUUUACAUUCCCGCAAGCAGGCAGCUCGAGUUACGAGCACCUUUCUCACGUCCCGAGGGUGUCCGCGCGCCCCGAGGGUAUCCUCUCAUGAGAGCUUUCACUAUAUACAGCUAUUGUGAGAAAGGUUGUCGGUUUUGAGUUCGCUGUUCUUCAAAGAAAUUUGAAAGAAUGGCUCGAGAGGCCAUGGACUUAUGUUUGCGCGUGGUAAAGGAAAGCAAUAAAAGAAGUUUUGACAGCUACAGUGUCUGGAACAGUGUAUUGAUCAUAUCCCAUAUUACCUUUCGGGAUCGUCGCGUACACAUUUUUGCUGACAACCUCUCUCGAAAUAGCUGUAUGUUUGAGAAGAGAAUUUGCAUUAAAACUGGCUUGGUGGUUUACGGUGAAGUAUGUAUUCAAGAUUUAUAGAAGAAACCGACUAGAGUUCUAGCAUAAAAUUCUCCAAUCUGUUUGGCUUCAUAUUGUUCAUAACUAGUUUGAUACAUAUUUCUUGAGUGAGUGAGCUGGCAUUUAAGAAGCAAAACUAAACAAAUUGUUUUCGAACAUGUAAAAGCCGCAAUUAGCCCAGUGCUUAUAAGCGACAGUUUACCGUACCUUAGGUUCAUGACCGAGGAAUUUAUCUGUGUGUCAAAAAAUUGAAUUAGUUUCGCGAUGGCAGGAUAUUCUGCGCCUCCGUCACGUUUGGAGUUACAACAAGAUAACAGUUUAGAUAUGAAUUAUCACUUUUUUGUUAAUAGGACUAAGCACGUUACGCGCUGGAACUGAAGGGAUACAACACGAUAGUGCAGCGGCUGGCAACAGGGUAAAACCGACUUAUUUUAUUCCAUUUAGCAUUUUUUUUCUUCUCGUAUUGGUUCUUUGUAAAACUGCAUAAUUUUAAGCAAACAGUGAGUUGCGUUAUGUAUUUCUGCUUAAGCUUUAAUUAGCAAUAAAUGAAUUUGGCUUUCGUAGGAUACGAAGAAUUAAGCAGAUCGAGGAGGGUGUUAUCGGCCGAGGUGGAUAACACCCUCCGAGAUCUGGUUAAUUCUUCAUAUCCUACUCAGCCUCAUUCAUUAAUUGCCAAGUAUUAAGUAGUAGUAUGUAAGCUUUAAGUUUUAUAUUGUGUUGUUCCAGCCUGAAAUGGCUAAUUAUGGCAGUACUGAUGUUUUACUUUCUUGGCACUUGACACACAGCUUUUCACUCUAUUUUCUUUUAAAUCGUUACGCCCUCUGAUUAUGUAAACAAUCUCACCCCACAUUGUCAGCCAAUCAAAACUGAAACUAAUACUUACCCGCCGACUUUUUUUCCCGCGCUUAUAUGGCUACGUUGUUACACCACGUGAUUGGCUAAAACAAUCUCCCCCCAUGCCACUUUGUCAGCCAAUCAAAACUGAAACCAGUACUAGCUCGAACACUUUUCUCCCGCGCUUGGACCGACUGCGUUGUUACAUCAUGUGACUGGCUAAAACAAUCUCGCCCCACUUUGCCAGACACGUUAUUAUUAUUAUUGUUAUCAUUAAUCGGAAGUGAAACGUAUGCUAUCUUGCACGCUUUUCCAGUUCUUUUCCUGGCCACGUUGGAUUGAUAGCUCUGAUUUUGGUUCACUUAAUUACGUGCCCGUGUGGUGGUUGGCCAUUUUAUUGCAAGACUAAUGAUUGAGAAACCUAAGUCCAUUAAUUUGUUUUUCAUUUGUUUUUCGUUUUGUUGUUGUUGUUGUUGAUGUUGUUUAAGUAGCCUUGCCAGGGGCAGAAUUUUGAGUUUAUGCACUCUGGGUGUAAGUUAAGUGCCGACUCUGUGUCGCAGUUGAGGUCUAUUAAUCUUUUGUUUCAUUUUUCUGCAUAAUUUUUACAUUUUAGUUGAAGACUUCGACCCCGAACUCAAGUCGUUGUUUUAGUGACACCCUUGCACUCUAAUUACUUGCAUUCUUCUGAAACUUUUCACUUGUAAAGUAAGCGCUUGCAUAUGCUUUGAUUUUACUGAUAUUUUUCUUGAAUCCACACUUCUCCACUCUUACGUUGGCAUUACAGGUAUGAGCCAGCCUUGUAUUAUGAUUAUUUACUGACGAUGAAUCUCUCUCUUUUUCUUUUUUUCUAUCCAUUCUAGGAGGGCGUAGUCAUGCUUUAUGGCACGGAAAAGAGUGUGUUGGAGAAAUUUCAACUUGACAAGGAGGAAUGGAAAUUUUCAAAAGAAAAAGCAGUUACUCUUACGAUUCAACUCAUAGACCAAAGGUACUUUAAACUUGCCACACCUGCAAAGAUCAUUCUGUAUAUCAAAUAAAGCUCUUUCAAUCUGUACUCAUAACACAACUACAACGUCACAGGCGUAGCCUCCAACGCAGACGUUCUUUUGGAUCGUUACGCAGGAACGCGUGACGAACCCCUAAGAACGUCUGCGUGGGAGGCUAAAACAGGCACAGAAAAAAUGCAGUUGUUCCUUUUGAUUUUGUAGCUGAAAUAAUAAGGAAAGCUCCUGGGUAGCGCUUUCCGAUAGUGCUUUUUCAUAAUGCUAUGGGUUGUUUCUUUUGAGACGGUGGGCAGAGCGAAGUCUUAUCAAGUGCGUUGGUCUUCACAUUUAAACUUUCCCUAGCUUGGGACCAAGCUCCGCUGUGGGGAAAAAUGGCAGAAAAUGAAUUAAAACGGCAUAAAAAUUGGCGACCGAAGUGAGCCGAGCGGUGGUCUGGGGAGGGGGAGAGGGCGGCCGUCGCUCCCCUUUCCCGUUUGCCCUCCCCUGACUACCGCUCGGCUCGCUUCGCUCGCAGAUUUUACUUUUCACCUUUUUCCCAACUGCGAAGCCUUGCCAUGAGGCUUGGGGAUGGGGUGCGGAUGUUAUGUUUCUUCUCUUAACAUGAAACUCAGCUCCAAUAACUUCUUUUGCUAAUCAAGGUGCGAGUGUCAUGUUGUUUACUGACAAAUAACAGAAUUUCAUUUCAUUUAGCAUAGACUGCUCACAGUCCCCUAAUUUUCCGUAAGAUCGUCGAGUUGAGCGCUCUGCGUUACAGGUGGCCAUCUUGGCUGGGUGUCAAAUCUACUUAGGGGGCGGGGGACGGUUUGGGAGGAGGCGCUAUAAACCGCAAUAAACCACGACGCCCGCGCCCUCAGUACAUAUGAAACUAAGAUGGGCGCCCUUACGGGUAAGCACUCAAUCCUGAUGAUCUUACGAGCAAAUAGGGGACUGUGCUUGGAAUGCUAAUGUACGCCGAGCGCGAUUACAGUGGAAAAAGUAAAUAAGAACAUUACAAAGAAAUCUGGCCAUCAUAUUCAUUGUCCCAGCGUUUUUAUUCACCCCUUUAUAUAUCAUAGUACCGCUGAGACGUUCUUAGGGCUUCAUCACGUGCUCCCCAGAACAUCUGCGUGGGAGACUAAUAUACCCUUGGUUUCUGCAAACUGACUCCUUCUUUUCUUUUAUUGCAGCACGGAAGGAGUUUCAGGUCCUUCUCCGUCCUAUAUGGCUACAGGAAUUCAUAACCCAGGAGAUCCAAGAAAUCCAAUGUCAACUCGCUACCCACCCCCGGUAUCAGAAUAAGCAUUUGAGUCCUUUGGUGCGGAGGUGCGGAGGUGGGCGGGGAAAUGGUGGAUUUCAAAAUGAAGUCUGUGUUGUAACAAAAAUUAGGAAAACUUGAUGUAGACGUAGCUGCAUUGUUGUAAAAGAGAAUUGCAGUCAUUCUUAUCACUGGUUUAUCGCGGUUGCACUAGCAAACAAAGAGUGAAACUGUUUUUGUUCAAACCAGUUAGGUCUUGUUACUAGUUAAGUACACGCAGGAAAGGAAGGAAAAUCCUGUGCUUUUGUUUAGCUUAGACAUACAGCACGGUUUCACUCCUAUUUUAGCCAGAACGUCUGCGUGGAAGGCCACUCCUAUCACUGCUGGCCAAAAUGAAAGUGCACAAAAAUUCCCAAAUUCGUUUUUGUAAACCCCCGCAAAGUAAAUACCGUAAAAUUCUGAAAAUAAGCCCCGGGCUUACAUUUUUCAAAGGCCCUUUUUGAGGGGCUUAUUUUUGAAGGGGCUUAUAUUCGGAGGAACUUAUAUAUGGAGGGAAAUUUGUGUUUCAAAAUCGAUUGGGCUAGCCGUAUAGUUGGAAGGAAAUUUGCCGUUUUUGCUUUGUUUUACUUUGUAUUUGAGGGCAAAUUCCAAGUACAAGCCCCAGCGGGGGUGGGGGUGGGGGCUUAUAUUUGGAGGGCUGAUUUCACGGAGGGUUUAC